ACAACUGAAAAAUAAAAUAAAAACCAGUGUAGUGCGUGAGUAGCGAGUCAUGUCGAAACUAUGCCGGACGAACCGUACCGUAGUUGAAUCAGCUUCCGUUUCAUGAUUGAAAAUCCCACCUUUUUUUGACGGUCGCUAUUAGACGUUGCCGUUGGAAUGCCAAACUGCCUCGACUGGAUCGACAGUUCCCGGGAGAACGGUGGGGGGAGGGUAGUACACUAGCAGUAGCUGCUCUCUCUCUCUCCUGACUGUUCUAUUGGAACUUAUAGAGAGAGUCGGUGGUGUGACUGUUCAGUUACCGUCCGACUUUGGUCGAAACCAGACCAGCAGUUGAUUAUUUCUUCUGUGACUUUUGCUUUUUCUUUUGGUUUUGGUUUUGGCCAGCUCCGAAUUCAAUCCGAAUUGUACCAUUGCUUUCCUGGUUUCAAGUGCCGACGUUCAAUUACCCAUUUUUCAAGUGAAGUGGUUCCCUUGUCAAAAGUGUCGUCUCCAAUCCGAAUUUUCCCUCGUCGAGAGGAGACAGAAAUCAUCGACAGUGUCAAAGUUCCUCGGUGAAUUUGCAGUUUAGUUUUUACAGCCUCGUCUCUCUCUAUCCACUAAAUUUCAUUCUUAAAAUCGAAAUCAUUUCCACGUCAUGGAAAUAAGUCCGAGAGGCAGCCGGACACGCCGGCGAUCCAUCUCCAGGUAAAUUUUAAAUGUAUUUUUUAAAAAUCAUUUCAUUUGGGAAUUCAAAGAAAUUUUAGUUUUUUUGGGGGGAGGGAGGGAGGGAGAGACGCGGAAUUUUCUCUUCUCUUUUUUCAAAAUUUGUCUUGACAACAUUCAAACGUGAAUAAAAAAGUCGAGUCACGACACACAUCCGCUUUCUCUCGCUGCACCGAGCUGGAAGAUUUUUCUUGUUUCAAAGAUUCUUCUCUCUCUCUCUUAUUUUUCUACUUUGACGCCGGACGACACAGCAAGAAGAAACGCUGUCGUCCAGAAACUGGAUGCCUUCACUACUUUGCUCUACAGCCCAGAAAAAAUGUUUCAAAUUGUCCAGCGUCGGAUAAUAAAAUAAAAAAUAAAAAAAUAAAUUGGUUAGCUUCGAAAUCAUGUAGGUCGAUCCUAUUUAUUUCAAAAUCUUCGUUGGAUUAUGAAAGAGUAGUCGUUUCGGGAGUGCAAUAUUUUACAUCGUCGAGGUCGAGACGUUGCCUACUUCGGCCAGACAUUUCAUUCCCCCCCCCCCCCCAGCAGAUGAAUUUUGUGUAGUGGAAAAUGGAAGGAUAUUUUGAGGACGUUCUAGUUGACCCUGUGUACAACUUCUUCUUCUUCUUCACCCCAUGAAAUCGGAGAAGGAAAAUCAAAGGCAACUGGUUGUUAGUCUGGUAGCGGCCCCGAGGCGGAGAUUUUCAUACACACACACUCAAUGUAAAAAAGGGAACUCACAACAGACUCCAAACUUGUCCGUUUCCUAACCCUCACAUCUUACACCUGAGGCUCAGGUCCAAGGUCUCCAUACCUGGGCCUCCCAUCAUCACCCACUGGACGGUCAGCACUGGGAAACUGUAAACAUAAGCAAUUCCCACCCAAAAAAGAGAUUCGCAGUUCGUUCCCGGUUACUCCAAUAAAUAGCACCCCCGUUGUUAGAGGUUACGCAAGGGAACCCGCUUAUCUGUCAAACGAAAAAUCUAGUCGAAAGCUGUUUCAAUUUAUUGAGGGACGGAACGAGGUGAGAAAGAAAUAGAAAGAUUAGGGAAAAUCUGAAAUCGAAUUUUUUUGUGUUUCCCCCCCACCCCUCGUCUCGGGGGUUUGAUAAGAAACUUACACCGUCAUGUGAUCGAACUCCCUUCAUGAUUUUGUCUCGAGUCUGUUGUCCGCUCCCGUUACGUGACGAGGCCCAGUGUUCACGAGCGUCUCGAGCCCAUCGCCCACGCCCGUCGAGACCCACAAGCGGGAGAGAGAUUCAAUUUGGAAAUUCAAAGGAAUCCAUCAUCAUGGGAGUCGGAGUCAUAGCCACGACGAUAGCGACAUUCCUGAGAUCGGUGGAUGCCAGCAGCGGAGUGAUCGGCGGGCAUCAUCCCAGCGCUCACGCCCUCAGCUACAUCCUGUCACCCCACAGUCUGCACAAUGGCACAAUCGGGGGGUCUGGAGGACAGUCACUGGAGUAUGGGGGGUUCACCGAGGAGAACUUUGAAGAAAUCGAAGCGAUUGAAUCAUCCGUUCCACCUGGUCAACCACCUGGUAAUCCAGCUCAGACGGUCAUCGAUAUCAUAGCCGUUUUUGGCGCCAUGUUUGUCGCCGCCGUUGCCAUCAUCCUCAUCACCGUCUACAUCAGCAAAUUGCGCAAGAGGCAGUCGAGUGCUUUAUCGACACCCGACGCGGAAGCGGCGUCUACCUCGCCAUCUUCUGACUGCUCGGCGUGUCCUCACAGUGGCGAUCCCGGAAGCCCCGCUUCAAUCGCCCAAUUCAACAAGGAAGUCCAGGACGCUUGGAGCGCUAUCGAUUUCGGACAGAAGCCCAGCCUGUGGCGCAAGACUAUCCGCAGCGUGAUUCUUCGGCUACGCGGGCAGGAGCAGCACAAGGAUGUUUACGUCAUGCCGCAGCACCUGAGGGAUCAGCUCAAGCAGAUGUACGUUUACUGAACUCUCGCGGCCCGGAGCUUUUUUGAAUUUUCCUCAGCCCUCCUCUACUUUCAAAAAGUAUUUUGGCUACGCGAUAUACAAAUAAUCGGGGGCCCGCCAAAUUUUCCCCUUUUUUUUUAAUCAAACGAACUAAAAAAAAAGGAAAAGAUUUAAAAAUUUAAAAGAGUAUUAUAAUAACUACGACAAAAGAAAUUUUUUUAAAGAGAAAAAACGUUACCUGAAUGUAUACAACUUUGUACAUAAUAACGAAAAAAAGAAUGCGUGAAAGGAAUGUGAGAAAAUAAUCGUGACAAAAUAUUUUUUAUGCCGAUCGACAUUUUUAAAAGAUUUUUUAUUUCAAAAAAGUGAAAAAAAUAAUUAAUAACAACAAAAAAAUUCUCUGCGACAUCUUUUCCCUAUUUGCGUCGAAGAAGGAAAUGGCGAGAAAAUGAAAACUAAUUUACGUAUUUUUCCAAAUGUAUAUUCAGUCGUCGUGUACAUGUGUCCUCGUGAAAUUCUGUACAGUCCCCCUUUUUUAUUUUUAAAUAUGUGCGUGUAUGUAAAAUGUGGAGACAAACCGCGUUCAAAAUAUGUUUCAAAUCAUUUUUUUUGACAGAAAUGGAUUACAGAAAAAUGCGAAAAUUUU